AGACAAUAACGAGUACGGGCAAGCAAUGCACAUAAUCCGCCCCCGCCGCCCGCACGUGCGCGCGCGCCAUGGCCCCACCCAUCCCGCUUGAAACAGGCCGUGGGUGGGUGAGCACGUCCACGUCCAUGUCCACGUCCAUAUCCACAUCCACACCAAACAUUGAGUCCCUCACCCGUCGAUCCGCUCAUUCUUUGAGCCCACGCCAUGGUUUCUGCUGGCCACUCGCCGACCGACGAUGCCACGGCCCAUACUCUCCACCAUGUCCUCGGCAACCUCGGCGGUCCACGCAAGAGCUGGAUGUUGCCUGCCAAUGCCCCCGUUGAGCCCCCGGCACUUCCCGCACAACCAUCCGCCAUUCUUCUGCCAUUCACGGUGCGUGGCCGUGGAAGGCCUCGCAAAAUACCUUCUCAGAGGCGCCCUUCUUUGCACCCCGUAGACCCGUCCGCCCAGUCACAGUACACAAGCCAACCAGAGCAGCACCCAGCUUCCAACUAUUCAGCAUCUCCCCAGUUAGCCAAUGCCCUGGCUCCUAGACCUUCCAUUGCUUCUGUGCUUCCUUCGCCAACUCCCAGUGAAUAUGCAGCAACGAGCGCGGCAACGCUAGCGGCGGUAGCGGUGGCAACACCAUCACCAAUCACAUAUAGCCCAGCGGUCAAUGUAGGCGUCUUCACCUUCCACUCUGCCGGAGCAGCCUAUGCGCCAGAAACACCUAUAGAGCACACAUACGUGGACUCGGUGCAGCAUGGGCGCGCCUCACACGGCUCAAUAGAUGGGGAUGCCUAUCAGAUAUUCGCUCCGCCCAAACCUACAAACCCCCGGCUGUCAGUCAGACGAAGCAUGACAAACAUGCCGCCCCAUGUCGCCGCAGAUGUUGCAACCCCAGACCUGCCACAUCGCCCAUCAUUAAACACGUAUCCGCAGACCAACAGUCCAAUACAAAGACAGGCUCACACUCACACUCCUUCCAACUUGACGUACCCACCCGGCCAAGUGCCGUCUCCACGUGUGCCCACAAGCGUACAAUUCCAUCACCCAGCCGAGCGCAGGACAAUGGUUCUACCACAAACGUUUCCUGCCGUCUCGCUCACCUCUUCAAACAUGUCACCCAGAAUGUCGUCGUGGUACACAGCCAAUAGCUGUUUGGAGAAACUAAACGCAUUCCAGGUGUCAAUAUCUGCAUUACCCAGCAACACUCGUGACAAGCUGCGAUUGGGUGUGCUACGAGAUGCAACUGAGAAGGAAGACUGGUUCUAUUUGACCAUGCACCAAUGCUACUGUAUGCUCACCACAGCCCCCGAGACUCUACCUGAUAGCAUAAAAACCCUCCCGGACUUGCCUCAGGCAGAAAAGGUACUGCAGGACAUUCUUGAACCCAACCACAAUCUGAGUUCUGGUGUCGUGCACUUCUUCUCAAAUUACCCGUAUCCCAUGCAAAACAUCUAUGCCAAUUGGCCCUCGGGCUUUGAUCACCAGGUGUAUUUGUUCAGCAUGUUUGUAGCUCAUUGCCUCAACUACGAAUACCUAAGGAAUAUGUGCGAUCAGCGUCGUUAUCCGCCACUCGCACGCGAACUCGACACAACUCUCUGUAUCCCUUCGACCAUUCUUCAGCGCUUAGUGUUUAUUGCUUUUAUACGCUACCUCUGGCGCGCCAACCAAAAAGCUCCCUUCAUGGAAAAAUUCGAGGUCAUGGCUGUUACUAUUUUUCAGCAAAAUCAGAUCGAUUAUUUCCGCCAAAAACUUGAAUCGACUCCUGUCCAAUCUCGAGAGGCACUGGCUGCGGAACGAGUCUGUGCUUCCAAACUCCGAGCGGCUGUCGAAGGCUAUGAAAAUGCCCUUCGCCAAGGAGGUAUUCCAUCAAUCCCCCUCUACCAGUCGCACCAACACCAGCACCAACACCAGCAGCAAAGACAGAGCAAUACUGCGAGGCAGUUCAAACCCAACAGUGUCGUAAGUCCAUACCCUCAGCGGCUUGCUGUUCAUCAAGUGUACGAACAGAAUUAUACUCCGUCUCUGCCAAUCAACACAAGUAUACAACCUCAACCGGCACCAAUACCAGCUCAACCAACACCAACAUCAACUCAACUCCAGACGAAGCCGAGCACGAGCUUGCUUCCACCUUCCGGGCGCGUACAGCCUCAACAGCGAGUGGCCAAUCCCGCUAGAUUCUCUCUCCACCAGGCCCAUCUGCGAAGCCCCGUCCUCAAUGCGCAUUCCGUUCCAUCGCCACUAUAUACGUUCCAGGAAGGAUAUGUCAAAUCUCCUGCGCGGUUGUCGGAACCAGGUUGUACAAUGGAAAAAUGGGUUUUUGUAGUGACACCCGAUAAGAUGACCUCGUUCCCUAAGACUGUCCGCCAAUCAGUUGCCGACCCCGGCGUCCGGAGUAUCAACGAGACAAACAAGAUUGCUCGUCUGCGUUGCAUCAAAUGGAAAGACAAGACAUAUACACCAAAGGAGCAUGUCUGGGCAACCACCGAUACAUCGUGGAUACCGUACCUGUAUCUCAGUUUAAACGGUACGCCUCUUGAAGCACGCAAAAAGAUGCAUCACGGCAAGGACCUAGCCGUCGAUGUUACCGACCUACUUCGCGAGGGCGAAAACGUUCUCGAAAUGACCGUCAUGACCCAAUCAAGUGACACAUCGCACUUGGACUACCUCCUUGCCAUUGAAGCCAUCACCAUCAUCUCCCACGACUCCAUCAAGCUAAACUGCACAACCCAAAACCGCGCCUCCGCCCAAACUGUCCUCGAAUCUAUCAAACAGAAACUCUCAGGCUCCUCCGCCACCGCCACCGACGACAACAACAACAACGACGACGACGACGACGACGACGACUUCCACAUCGUCCAAAGCAACAUGACCAUCAACCUCCGCGAACCAUUUAGUCAAUCAAAACUCUGCGACACUCCCGUCCGCAGCAAAUUCUGUCUUCACAAUGACUGCUUCGACCUCGACGUCUUUUUGCGCUCUCGACCCCGAAAAGGUGAUGCGUCCGUCGUGGAUCACUGGAAGUGUCCCAUUUGCGGCACCGACGCGAGACCGAAUGUGCUGGUACAUGAUGGCUUUAUCGAGCAUGUGAAUAUGGCACUUGAGGCGAGGGGAUUGAGCGAAGCGAGGCAGAUUGUUGUGCUACAGGAUGGGGAGUGGAGGGUUAAAGAUGAGGGGGAGGGUGGGGCGGUGCAGCGGCGUGAGUCUGAAGAGGGUGAGGUUUCUACACCUGCUACCACUGCUGUUGCGGUCCCGUGGCCGUCCAUGUCGAGGUUGUCGAGUAUAUCUAUACCUGUUGAUGCCGAGAUUAUUGAUCUGAGUGACUAAGGUCGUUUUCUGUCCUGCGGAUGUUCCUUUUGUUUUCGUUCUCGGUUCAUGGGCCACCAUUCGGGUUCAUCUGGGUUGUUCUUCUACACAGAAGCGAGGCCUUCUUCUUCUUCUUCUUCUUCUUCUUCUGUUUACGGAUGUACAUGUAUACAUGCACUCAUCAUGUUCAGUGGAGUUUUUACCCGGCGAUGCCUGAUACCCCUCUUUCCUUCACUUACCUACAUACGACUUAUGACUUUCCUGUAUAUUUCUCAAGAGCAAAAAUCAUGAUCAAUCUCUUCUUCUGCUAUUCUCUUUACUCGCUUCUCAUCAUAACUCGUGGGAUAUCAUGCUGAGGGGAAAUUUCUUUAUCUAUAAGAUUAGAUGUAAAAUUUCUAUCUAUUUCGCUCGCGCGUAGCCUAGGCAUUUGUAUCUAUGC